AGUAGCCUAAAGCAAAGAAGCUAAAAUGAAUAUAGCAAUAGCUAUAAUAGUGGCAAUGGUGGCACGAGCUCAAUCGCUUAAUUGCUUCCAUUGCCAAGACGUCAAUUUGGAAUCAGGGGUUACAAAUACCUGUAACUCAGACAGCUGGCUUCAGUGUCCGGGGGGAACCGUGUGCUCAUCUCUUACCGUGACCUUUUUUGAGGGUGAAAGGUUCAGCUAUAUGAAAAAUUAUAAAUGUAUGAAGGCGGCAGAUGUGUCAUCAGACUUGGAUAAAUGUAGGGAAUCAAAAUCUGAUCUUGAGAAUGUUUUGAACGAUUUGAAGGAUUAUGCCUGUGCAAUCGAAACAUGCGACUAUGAUAGCUUGUGUAACUCACGUAUCAUACCAGAAAAGCCUUCUACGGAGCCUGAAACAAAAUAUCAACUUAUAGACUCUGAUGACAGGCGGGCCUCUCAAAGUAGUACCGGAUGGGGAGGCAAUGCGGCAAGAGCAAUUGAUGGCAACACAGCUAAUAGUUGGACCCAAAACUCCUGUACACAUACAAAGGCUUCAGGUACCGCAUGGUGGGUCGUCAACCUAGGAGCACUUUACAAAGUGCACAAGGUCGUUAUCUACAACAGAAUGGACUGUUGUGGAGACAGACUUGAUGGAGCUCAGGUUGAAGCCUUUAGUGGAAGCAAUUUUGUUAAACAGUGUGGUCAAAUAGACUAUCAAAGCGGAAAAGACUCUUACACCAUCGAAUGCGGGGAUACAAUCGCAGACUUGAUUAAAAUCAUUCAAACUUCUGGCGAUGCCUUGACUCUUUGCGAGGUGGAAACUUAUGGCGAAAAAGUGACUUUCAGCAAAUAUCAACUUAUAGACUCUGAUGACAGGCAGGCCUCUCAAAGUAGUACCGGAUGGGGAGGCAAUGCGGCAAGAGCAAUUGAUGGCAACACAGCUAAUAGUUGGACCCAAAAUUCCUGUACACAUACAAAGGCUUCAGGUACCGCAUGGUGGAAGGUCAACCUAGGAGUACUUUACAAAGUGCACAAGGUCGUUAUCUACAACAGAAUGGACUGUUGUGGAGACAGACUUGAUGGAGCUCAGGUUCAAGCCUUUCAUGGAAGCAGUUUGGUUAAAAUUUGUGGUCGAAUAGACUAUCAAAGUGGAAAACUAUCUUACACCAUCGAAUGCAGACACAAUGGGGAUACAAUCGCAGAUAUGAUUAAAAUCAUUCAAACUUCUGGGAAAAAAUUAACUCUUUGCGAGGUGGAAACUUAUGGCGAAAGAGUUGAAUAAGCGAUGUCGGGCUAAAAGAACAGCAUGGACGUAGAUUAAGAUACGAUAGUUUAAACCAACGAAAGGGUAUAAUAUUAUUAUUUGCCUAUUUGGAGAGAAAAGACAAUUUUUUGAGAAAAGACAAUUUUAUUAUUUAUCAUCAAUUCAUGCACAAUCAAUAAAUAUAUAUUCGAAUAAAUUUGAUUUAUGCUUGGGAUUUAUGAUUCAGCAUCAUGCCUCAUGGCGAAGAAUGAAAUAGUCCGGAACAAUUUUUAGAACUAAAAAUACAGUUUAAGCAUGUCAUGUAAUUUUUAAAUGGGAAUUGUUUACUGUUGAGUUUAGUAAUUAUUCAGUUUUUCUCCUUAUCAAAUUGAAGUUAGUGUGUAGAAUAUUAGAAUGUUGAUGUUUAUGCCAUAUAGUAAAAUUUACUUAUUAAUUAGAAAUCA